AUGCCAUCCAGUCCUCACCAUCGCCAAGGCUAUUCCCCUAGCACUUUGAGCAAUGCAAGUAACCACCUAUUCUCCGGGGGGUUGUCACAUUUUACCCUGGGAUUACUGUCUCACCGACUGGCGCCUGCGUCAUGGGGCAAUACGGGGUCUUCCCGCAUGCUGCACAUCCCAGGGUCAGUAAUUGAUGGGAUUGCCCACGAUGCUACGAAACAAAGUAUUCGUAUUACUCGGAUUGAUAUUAUGAUGGCUUUACUCCUUCAGGCAACUAUACGAGCAUUCCCUCACGAUUCAACCAUUGCUUCCUACCCACUGAGUUUCAUGGUAAACUUCAAUCACUUACUGAAGAGUCCUGCCAAAUUUCACAACAGCUUCUGGCCUGUUCCCAUUCCACAAUUACCAGACUUCAACGCGAAUCAAGUGAGCCACGAGACUACGAUCAACCUAGCAGUCCACAUUCUCCGCGUCACACGGGCUGCGCAGUCACCAGAAUGCCUCGAGGCUUUCAAUCUUCAACAUCAGCAAAUGGGACCCUUGCACCUCUGGCAUACGCGGGUAGUCAGACCCUCUCAUCCCAGGUCUCUGGUCUCCUCCAUCGCUCAAAUCAACCUCUACGAUCUCGAGUUUAAGCCAGGUGUGCGGCCGCUCUUUUCCGACGUUCGCAUGGAAAGCAUGGAUUUGGCGCAAUGUAUAGGAAUUCACCUGCAUGGUCUUGUCACCAUCAACGGGGAUCCUAAUGCAACAGGCCACUUCUUGACUGGGUCUUUGCAUCCGCACCUAUGGAGAGAGUUGGAGAGAAUUCGUGAUAGCUUCUUGUACAGAUCGGACUAUGGUUUAAAGUCAAAAGUUUGA